CCCAGCGCCGCCAGCCCAGUGCCUGAUUUCUGCUCUAGGCCUGAUCCCCUUUUCGCUCGUGUCCAUCACCGCGUGCAGCAAUGCCGCCAGAAUGUCUGACAAACUGCCCUACAAAGUCGCGGACAUUGGCCUGGCUGCGUGGGGACGCAAGGCCCUGGACAUCGCCGAGAACGAGAUGCCUGGCCUGAUGCGCAUGCGGGAGAUGUACACGGCCUCCAAGCCACUGAAGGGCGCCCGCAUUGCCGGCUGCCUGCACAUGACCGUGGAGACUGCCGUCCUCAUUGAGACCCUUGUUGCCCUGGGCGCCAAGGUGCAGUGGUCCAGCUGCAACAUCUUUUCCACAGACCACACAGCGGUUGCCAUUGCCAAGGCCGGCAUUCCAGUGUAUGCCUGGAAGGGCGAAACAGACGAGGAGUACCUGUGGUGCAUUGAGCAGACGCUCUACUUUAAGGACGGGCCCCUCAACAUGAUCCUGGACGAUGGCGGUGACCUCACCAACCUCAUACACACCAAGUACCCACAGCUCCUGUCAGGCAUCAGGGGCAUCUCUGAGGAGACCAUGAGUGGGGUCUACAACCUCUACAAGAUGAUGGCCAAUGGGGUCCUGAAGGUGCCUGCAAUCAAUGUCAGUGACUCCGUCACCAAGAGCAAAUUUGACAACCUCUAUGGCUGCCGGGAGUCCCUCAUCGAUGGCAUCAAGCGGGCUACAGAUGUGAUGAUCACAGGCAAGGUGGUGGUGGUUGCAGGCUAUGGCGACGUGGGCAGGGGCUGUGCCCAGGCCCUGAGGGGUUUUGGGGCCCGUGUCAUCAUCACUGAGAUCGACCCCAUCAACGCACUGCAGGCUGCCAUGGAGGGCUACGAGGUGACCUCCAUGGAUGAAGCCUGCAAGGAGGGCAACAUCUUUGUCACUACCACAGGCUGUGUGGACAUCAUCCUUGGGCGGCACUUUGAGCAGAUGAAGGAUGAUGCCAUCGUGUGUAACAUGGGACACUUCAACGUGGAGAUUGACGUCAAGUGGCUCAAUGAGAAUGCAGUGGAGAAGGUGAACGUCAAGCCCCAGGUGGACCGCUAUUGGCUGAAGAAUGGGCGCCACAUCAUCCUGCUUGCCGAGGGCCGGCUGGUCAAUCUGGGCUGUGCCAUGGGCCACCCCAGCUUCAUGAUGAGCAACUCCUUCACAAACCAGGUGCUGGCGCAGAUUGAGCUGUGGACCCACCCUGACAAGUAUGCUGUAGGUGUUCACUUCCUGCCCAAGAAGCUGGACGAGGCAGUGGCUGAAGCCCACCUGAGCAAGCUGAAAGUGAAGCUGACCAAGCUGACUGAGAAGCAGGCCCAGUACCUGGGCAUGUCCCGUGAUGGCCCUUUCAAGCCUGAUCACUACCGCUACUGAGAGCCAAGCCUACCUUUCACCUUCCAGUGCCCAGGCCCUACCUCUCCUCCCCAAGAGCAAGUGGCACCACCUUUGCAAUUGGAUUUUCAGUGACG